AAAACCCUAACUCCGACCGAACCCAAGACGACGAAGAAAGCAAGAGAAAGGGAGGAAAUGGGGAAAAUUCCGCCGGCACUGAGGACAGCUCCCUUUCCGGUAUCCAAUUUGCUCAAGAAGAGUCCCUCUGUCGCCGUUGGAUCGGGAACCCCAACCCAGCCUCCUCCGAGGGACCGUCACUUUCCUAGGAAAGUCUCCAAGAAAAAAUCAGCUCCCUCCACGGCCCGAGACCCUAAACCCCCAACCGUCCCCUUCAACAUCCCCAGUCACUCCGAUGCCAAAGCCCUCGCCGACUCCAUCACGGCUGAGUCUGCCGCUGCGUUCUACCUCAAGUACCACAACUCCCACCUCCAGUCCUUCUCGGCCGUAUCGUCCCUCGACGACUCGAUCUCUCACCUUCGGGAGAUGAUCAAGAACAACCCCACCUUCUCGCCCGACCGGUCCACCUACCACGUUCUGCUAAUCCAGUCCUGCAAAUUUCCCGAUUCCACUCUCAACAACGUCCGCAAAGUCCUGUGCCUCAUGGCCGCCGCUGGAUUUCCUCCAGAUAAGGUCACCACCGACGUCGCUGUCCGCUCCCUCUGCAAUGCCGGCUGUCUCGACCUCGCGCUCGAGCUGUUCAAGGAGUUUUGCCUGAAGCACUCUCCUCCGGAUUCCUACACCUACAAUUUCCUCCUCAAACAUCUGUGCAAGGAUAGGCCUGUCAGUGUUGUGAACAAUUUCAUCAAGGAAAUGCGGGACUGCUUCGGAAUUAAGCCCGACCUCGUUGCUUACACAAUCUUGAUUGACAAUGUCUGUAACAAAAAGAACCUCCGCGAGGCGACGCGGUUGCUGGAAUUGCUGAGUGAGGAUGGAUUUAAGCCGGAUCGCUAUGUGUAUAAUAUAAUUAUGAAGGGUUAUUGUAUGUUAAGUCAGGGAAGCGAGGUGUUGUGGGUUUACAAGAAAAUGAAGGAAGGAGGAGUCGAGCCUGAUUUGGUGACUUAUAAUACUUUGAUUUUUGGGUUGUCCAAGUCUGGAAGAGUUAAAGAAGCAAGGAAAUAUUUAAAUGUGAUGGCGGAAAUGGGCCAUUUUCCAGAUGAAGUUACGUACACAUCAUUGAUGAAUGGGAUGUGCAGGGAGGGGAAUGCUUUGGGAGCGUUGCAGCUGUUGGAAGAGAUGGAAGCACAAGGAUGUAGUCCGAAUUCAUGCACUUAUAACACUCUGCUUCAUGGCUUAUGCAAGGCAAAGUUAUUGGGAAGGGCAAUGGAAUUGUAUGGUGUGAUGAAAUCGGGCGAUAUGAAGCUCGAGACAGGAACUUAUGGGACACUUUUGAGGGCGCUUUGUAGGAAUGGUAAGGUUGCUGAAGCAUAUGAAGUAUUUGACUAUGCAGUGGAGAGUAAGAGUUUGAAAGAUUUUGCUGCAUACUCAACACUGGAAAGUACAUUGAAGUGGCUGAAGAAAGCCAAAGAACAAGGGCUUGCAGUUUAAUUGGGCAAUCGAUAGUAAAAAGGCAUCGGUGGUGGUGGAAGGUGAAGAGGCAAAGGAGUCGUCGGUAAGGGAAGACAAAUUGGUCGAAUGGACGGAUGGUUGCUGCUGCAACUAAAGAAGAAGAUGGAUGAUCAGAGGCAUCACCGAUUGGAAAGACUAUGACUGGAGAAGACGAAGCGAGAGGUCUCAUUAAUAGGAGAAGAUUGACAGUCAGUCACGAUGAUCGGAGAAGGCACGGGAAUAGUCGUGAUGAUCGGAAAUGACAACUACUGUAGUCGACGACGACUGCAAAUGAGAUUGCGAGGGGCUGACAGCGACAAUGAGUGUAAGGGGCUGAUGGCGAUUGCGAGGGGUUGACGACGGUUGGCAAUGUUCAAGGGUUGCAAAGGAUGGAGGGAUAAUUUGGGCAUUUUAGAGGGUGUCUUGUACGCUCCUGGCGAGAUGUUCAAUUGAUUCGAAAAUGUAUGGGUUAGGGGUAUAAUUGAAAUACUGAAAAGUUCAGGUGGUCACACGAAAAAACGUGAAAGUAUAGGGGGCAAAAAUAUGAGUUUAUCCACCAUUCUUAAGUUUUUUUAUUUAACCAUAACUCACCUCUAACAACCUAGGUUAAACCAAGGUCAACUAACCUUAAGACCCAAACUCAAGUUACAUUUUUUCUUUUUUUAAUUUAUGCGUACAUAUGGGUCAUAUAAAUAUUAUUAUUAUAUGACACCUAACAUUUCAACUCAGUAUGAACACUCUCUCUAAAUCGAUUUUAUGUAUUGGAUAAAAUUGCACCCACCUAAUUGCUAAAAUUGAAAGGAUUGGAUAAAAUUGCAAAUUCACGAAAAGGAAUUUUUAUGAUUAGCCCUCUUUUUAAAACGAAGUCCUGAUCAUGUAACUCUCAAAAAUGGCAUUACAACGUAGAGAUUAUGGUUUUAACCACUAAUGCACCGGCACUUGACUCUGUUGUUAAUUUGGGAAUUUCUGCAAUCAUUGUAGCUUAAUCUUCUUUAUCACAUAAAUUCCUCUUAAGGCUUAAAUUUUCGUCCAAAGUUUGAAUUUUGACUUGAAUUAGUUAAAGCUUAUUUUUUAUAUGCAAUUUCAGUUGAGCUCAUUACUAACUCAAUUAUUUGUGGGCAUCUUUUAUUUCUUAAUAUAAAUGGUUUUAUAUCUGUUUAUCUUUUAUGUACGUUCUGUUGUUUAUUACUAGUGUUGUUACUAUGGAGGGAAUGUUACCCUUGCUCUGUCCAGGCUUGAAAGAAUAUGCUGCCAUAGACCUAUUCGUUUUUAGUGGGACAUAAGGAAACAGUAGAAGUUAGAUUUUUCCUGUGCAGAUAAUAAGUCACGUGGUAGGAGAAAUGACAUUAGAAAAAAACUAUUAUCUACUUUCCUUAUAUUUAUCUUUUCUGCAUCAUUUUACUUGGUGAUCAAAUGAAGAAAUAGAGCCCUUUUACAUUUUCUUUUUCUGCUCCCUUUCCAAACCCAUUAAGGAAACAGUCUUCAAGUUUAAACUAUGAUGCUGGACUUUUCUCAUAGUGUCUUCUGCUUCAUGAGUUCGAGAUUCGUUUUUUUGUCCAAACGAAUGGCUCAUGAAUUCUGAACCUUACAAUAUAAUUUGAGUCAAAUUGCCCAACACAGGACAUGAAAAAGAUUAUUCUCCAUUUAUAUUUUAACAUUGUUUCCACCCAUCUUUUUGUGUUUUAAUCCCUAUGAUCUGUUAUACUCUAAAAGCUGCCGGUACCAGUGGUCACUUUCUCCACUCAUCACUUCUCAGUACAGAGACAGUAGCCUCUGCAUUCUGCAAAACACCAUGUUUCACUUUCUUCAACACAUUGUCUUUCAUGACUUAGCACUAUCACACAAUGACAUAACACCUUAAUACCCACCACAGACCAUAGGCCACCUGCCUCCUCCCAACUGUCCACCACCAUCACUGGCCUUGGUGCUGACUGCAUACAAUUGCCACCUCUAGCCCACAUACUUGUAAUCUGUUACUCCAGAGUGGAAAAUUUUUACAUAAAUAAUAUUAUGUUAUGCCUUUGGAAGGACUUGGGUGGGUUGGUGGACCUCAUUGAGUAAAGGAUAGGAAAUGAUGUCAUGGCUACAUUUUGCUUCUUUAAAUGUAGAUCAAGUUAACUUAAUUCAAGCAUCUAGAGUCUUAGAAUAUAAAAGUCUUGUUUAUAUAUGAUAAUUGGUAUUUAUGCGCUUAGAUGCAUUAUCAAAACAUCUGGUGUAUCAGGGUUUAAAAUUAUUGUUUAUGUAUGGUAUCAUAUAUUUAUGUAUUUAGGUAUAUUGGCAAGGUAUGAUAGCUGUAAUAUCUUUCAGUACAAAUACAAAUUGUGACAACCCUAAUUGAUUGUUUAAUAUUAAACCAAUUUUAUGUAACUUUAAGUGAUAUCAGAGUAGGCAAAAUGUCAUAGGUACACACUUCUCUGUUAACACAAUAUUAAAUAGUUGCAUGUGUUUGGCCCCAACUAUAGAGGAAAGUCUAUCUGGCGACAUGAGAGAGGCAGUUUGAGUCAAUGUAUCUUCUGUUUUCACAACUUAUCUUGAAUAAUUGUGUCUUCUGUUUUCAUUUCCAUUUGAUGGAAACCUGAAAUUGACUCCCUCCCCACCUCCGUGAAUACGCUUCCCUUCUUUAUUUUAGUUGGAAUUGGCGACCUUUCUAGCAUCUGUUAAGCUUUAGCUCCAAAUGUUUUACUUUGGAUGCUCAAGUUAGGCUUGGAGCUUCAUUUUCCUUAAUGGUCCAAAAAGUAAAAUAAUAGCCCAAUUUACAAGUAUUUACUCCAGUUCAAGGUCCUAGGAGGGUUGGAUGAGUGCAAUUUUAUUGCAUGUCAUUCUUAAACAAGAACCUAUAGAAUUAUGGCUCAAAUCUCAACCACCAGAUGCUUUUCUUGUAUCCUGGGCAUUGUAUUUAGGAGUGUUCUCAGCUCUUGUUGACUUUAUGUUUAGGAGGCCUCAAGGGAGCUUAUUUUUGGUAGUCAUUGGCAUCCUUCCCCUAAAAAAAAAAUAAAAUAAUAAACUCAAAAUUCCAUUCAGACCCCAUAACUCUUUGGAUGUUAUGAAACAAGAAAUAGUGCACUGGUUCCUAAAUCCAACGGAAGUCCACACUUACUGUCUCAAAAAAAAAAAAAAAAAAAUUGUGGAUCAGGUUGAUCAGCUGUUUAUUUAUCAACCAGACUUUUGAGGCAACUUGCUCCUUUGAUAGCUAUGCUACAUGACAAAAUAGAAAAUAUAAUUCUCAGUUUUUCUAUAAAUUGAUAAUAACCUGAAAUGGAUUGUAUAAUUUUGUUUAGCGUACAUGCUCUCUCCCCUUCAAUUUGUAAGCUAUACGGAUUCAUAGCUGCUCAGUUUUGCUAUUUGUAUUGGUCCUUUGUUGCUGUUUCUAUUAUUGUUCUUACCUUUUUUAUUUGUCAGUACUAAGCUAGAAUUGGUUGAGAUUUGCAUUCCUGUACUGCUGGUAAAC